AUGGGGGCCGCUGGCACCCAGGAGCCCGGGGUCCUGACGGAAACGUCAGGGGGUCGCGGGGGAGUCGGGGCCGUGCGGCGCAUGGCGGGGGCGGGAAUGUUUCAGUUUCCUUUCCCUGCAGACACUGGGCGGAGCGAAGGGCCGGGCGGGCGGCCGGGAGGAGGGGGAGGAGGGGAGGAGGAGGAGGAGGAGGAGGAGGUGGAGGGGAGAAGGAGGGGGAGGAGGGGGCCGGGCCCUGUGGCCCCGCCGGCCGCCCCGCCCUCAGCUUCCCCCGGCGGCGGGGCCGGCGGGCUCGGGCGCGCGCGGCUGAGGGGACGGGACCGCGGGAGGCGGGUUAGCAGCGCCCAAAGCCGUCGCAGGCCUCAGCCCGCCCCGGAGAAGGGGCAACCCGGCGGGCGGCUCGGUGCGUGUGAAGCGCGACAUGGCGGCGAGGCCGACGAGCCCCGGGGGCCCCGACGUACGGCGAAGGGGGCGGGGCUAGGGCGGCCUUGGCAACCAUUACAUCGCCUCGGGCUGGGCGGCUUGCAAACUACAUUUCCCAGAGGGCCCCGCGUGCCGCGGGACGGAAGGGGAAGCGCCUCGGGUGCAGUGCGCAGACGCGAGAGCUUCCUCUGGUAUAUAAGAGCGGUCUGGAUGCCUUUUCGGCCUUUUCCGUCCUCGGCGCUUUCCUGCUGGUCUUCACUGGGCUUCUGCCGCGUUCGAUGUUGUGCGGGCACGGGAGCCCGGGUGUGCUGCUCUGUGCGGUCUGCGCGAUCACAGGGUACGGAAUGGAUCUCGGAGGAGGGCGUCGCUGCUGGGCCUUCAGGAGAGCCCGCGGUACAGCCCCAGAGCCAUCGGUCUCCUGAUCUCCGGCGUUUAAUGUUGACAAGAGACUUCGAGUGGACCAGGAGUGGGAAGGAGUUGGCCUGGAGCCCUGUGAAGCCACAGGGCAGUAAAUAGAUGGCAGCCUGAUGUGCUUGGUUCAGUCUGUCCUGUUACAGGAGUUUCUCAACUUUGGAGUUUGGAAUACAAGGCUUCUUGGAAAAGAUUGACUGUAUGCUUACCUGAGAAAGGGUGAUCUUGCUGAAUCCGUCUCCCAAAGCUUUUUUGUAAUCUGAAAUCCUCUAGAUUUCUCUGACCAUUUUGAAGAAUUAAGGAUUAUGGUUAAACUUGGUAAAAUUUUUUAUUUGUAUCUUUCCUAUCUGAAGAAAAUAAAAUUCUUUAAA